UUUGAUCAGGAAAGAGCGGGAAAGCAAGCGGCGAGUCAAGCACCGGCGGCGUCGCAGGUGGAGAAAGAGGGAAUGGCGGACAACGACCCUCAGAAUGCCAAGGAGCUCUCUCAGUUUGCAGAAAAUCUCCUACAACAGCUGCAGGAAAACUUUGAAGAUCUGACUGAUAAACUAUCUCUAAAAAUGGAUGAGAUGGGUGAACGUAUAGAUGAUUUGGAGAAGCAUGUUACUGGACUAAUGGCUCAAGCUGGAAUAGAAAAUGCUAGUGAACAUCUAACGACCUGAAGGCAUCAAAGAAAAAGCUGCACAGAACAUGAAGACUUUAAGUAUGGUCUACAUUUGUACAAAUUUUAAGAGAUUUGUUAAAAGACUAUAACUAACUAAUGGACACAAGCUAUACUUUUCUUAUACUACAUCACUGGCUACAAAGAAAAAUAAAGUUGUAAAAUUUCUAGCCUAUAUUACUGCUAUAAUAAAGAAAAAUUCUCCUUAUGAAACUUUUUGUAUAAGAGUGACAUUAAAAUUUGGAAACUGGCUUCAUAUUAACACUGAAUCUCAUGCUCAUGACAGUUCAUACACUUAUUGUGUGAAUACAUUAAUAGGCUUUUAUAAUAAGCUUCGUUUCCACUUUCUCCAUGAGGUUCUUUUUCUUGGUAUAUCCUGUAUGGAUGUUAUGACUAUCAAGUACAAAGAAAUCAGAGUAAGAUUCCAUGUUAAUAGUUAAAAUUAGUGUAAUCUCAACUUUGAUUAGUUUCCCCCUAUUGAAAUCAAGUGUUCUGAAAUCAGAUUGUUGUCUCACUAAUGAAAUUCUGAACAAUUUCUACCAUGAUUUUUAGAAUAUUAUUCCUAGAAUAGGAGGCCCUUCCUGCUUAACUGCUGCAACACAUUCUACAUGGAGCUGCACUUGAAGACCACCUGGAAGCUUCAGCUGGUCCGGAAUGCAGUGGCAUGGGCAGUAACAGGUAUGCCUUUGUAUGCCCAUGUAAAACCCUGCUUUGCAAGCUGCACUGGUUGCCAGUUUACUUCUGGGUGCGAUUCAAGGUGCCGGUAAUUACCUAUACAGCCCUACAUGGCAUAGGGCCUGAUUACUUGAGAGGCCGCCUAUCUCUCAUAGUAACUGUCUGGCAGAUUCAAUCCAGCAGAGUUUGCAUGCUCCAGGUUCCUUUGAUUAAACAAUGACAUCUAUCGGGACUCGGAAGGAUACUUUCUCUAUUGCAGCGCCUGCCCUCUGGAAUGAGGUUCCCCCCAAGAUCUGAGUGGUCUCUAUGUUGCUGGUGUUUUAGAGGGUCUUGAAGACCUAGCUCUGCCCUGGCCUUUGGUUAGGAUGGGUGUAGCCCCUUCCAAGGAGUGGGUAUGUUUUGUUGCUGUCCCCCCCCCUUUUGCCAACUUUUGUUCCUUGUUUUUAUU